GGCGGCGGCGGCCAGAGAGAUCGCAGCGGCUGGAGCGGCGGCUGGAGCACCCGGACCCCUGCCCACACCCCGGCGCCCGACGCGCACAGCUUCCUCGCGCGCACCCUGGACCUUCGCGUGUCGCUGGCUUGAGGAGGGUGCAAAAAAUUACAAAGCUUCAUAAUCACCCCAAGACCACAUAGAGCAAACAUGAAUGAUAUUUCCCAAAAGGCUGAGAUUCUGCUUUCUUCAUCUAAACCUAUACCAAAAACCUAUGUGCCAAAACUUGGCAAGGGUGAUGUAAAGGAUAAGUUUGAAGCCAUGCAAAGAGCAAGGGAAGAAAGAAAUCAAAGGAGAUCUAGAGACGAAAAGCAAAGAAGAAAAGAACAAUAUAUUAGAGAGAGAGAAUGGAACAGGAGAAAGCAGGAGAUUAAAGAAAUGCUUGCUUCUGAUGAUGAAGAAGAGGUAUCUUCUAAAGUAGAAAAGGCUUAUGUCCCAAAGCUAACAGGAACUGUUAAAGGUAAAUUUGCUGAAAUGGAGAAACAAAGACAAGAGGAACAAAGGAAGAGGACGGAGGAGGAGCGAAAACGCCGAAUUGAGCAGGAUCUUUUAGAGAAGAGGAAGAUACAACGUGAAUUAGCAAGAAGGGCCGAGCAGAUUGAGGACAUAAACAAUACGGAAACUGAAUCAGCACCAGAGGAAGGAGAUGAGUCACUGCUUGUAACAGUGGUACCUGUCAAAUCACACAAAACAUCUGGAAAGAUAAAAAAGAAUUUUGAAGAUAUAGAAAAAGAACGAGAAGAGAAGGAAAGGGUCAAGUAUGAAGAAGAUAAAAGAAUAAGAUGUGAAGAACAACGCCGAUCUCUCAAGGAAGCAAAGUGUCUUUCAUUGGUCAUGGAUGAUGAACCAGAAAGUGAGGCAAAAAAAGAAUCACUUUCUUCUGGAAAACUGAAACUGACUUUUGAAGAAUUGGAAAGACAAAGACAAGAAAACCGAAGGAAGCAAGCUGAGGAGGAAGCAAGAAAACGUUUAGAAGAAGAGAGGCGUGCUUUUGAAGAAGCAAGGCGGCAAAUGGUAAAUGAAGAGGAGGAAAACCAAGACACAGAAAACAUUUUUAAAGGGUACCGCCCUGGUAAACUCAAGCUCAGUUUUGAAGAAAUAGAAAGACAAAGGAGAGAAGAUGAAAAAAGGAAAGCAGAAGAAGAUGCCAGAAGAAGAAUAGAGGAAGAAAAGAAGGCAUUUGCUGAGGCAAGGAGAAGCAUGGUAGUAGAUGAUGACACCCCAGAGAUAUAUAAAACAAUCUCUCAAGAAUCUCUUAUACCGGGAAAACUGGAAAUUAAUUUUGAAGAAUUAUUAAAACAAAAAAUGGAAGAAGAAAGACGACGAACAGAGGAGGAGCGGAAACAUAAACUAGAGAUGGAAAAACAGGAAUUUGAACAACUGAGACAAGAAAUGGGAGAGGAAGAGGAAGAAAAUGAAACCUUUGAACUGAGCAGGGAAUAUGAAGAAUUAAUCAAAUUGAAAAGGAGUGGUUCUAUUCAAGCUAAAAAUUUAAAAAGCAAGUUUGAAAAAAUUGGACAAUUGUCUGAAAAAGAAAUUCAGAAAAAGAUAGAAGAAGAACGAGCAAGAAGAAGAGCGAUUGACCUUGAAAUUAAAGAGAGAGAAGCAGAAAACUUUCAUGAGGAGGAAGAUGUUGAUGUUAAGCCUGCAAAAAAAAGUGAGGCUCCAUUUACUCAUAAAGUGAAUAUGAAAGCUAGAUUUGAACGUAUGGCUAAAGCAAGAGAAGAAGAAGAACAAAGAAGAAUUGAAGAGCAAAAGUUCCUACGCAUGCAGUUUGAACAAAAGGAAAUUGAUGCAGCACUACAAAAGAAACGAGAAGAGGAGGAGGAAGAAGAGGGUAGCACCAUAAAUGGGUCUACCAUUGAAGAUGAAGAGCAAACCAGAUCAGGAGCUCCAUGGUUUAAGAAGCCUCUAAGAAACACAUCGGUUGUAGACAGUGAGCCAGUUAGAUUUACUGUUAAAGUAACAGGAGAACCCAAACCAGAAAUUACAUGGUGGUUUGAAGGAGAAAUAUUGCAGGAUGGAGAAGACUAUCAAUAUAUUGAAAGAGGAGAAACUUAUUGCCUUUAUUUACCAGAAACUUUCCCAGAAGAUGAAGGAGAGUAUAUGUGUAAAGCAGUGAACAGCAAAGGAUCUGCAGCUAGUACCUGUAUUCUUACCAUUGAAACUGACGACUACUAGGUCCCCUUCCCUCUCCCUGGAACACACCCUCUCUCUCCGACUUUCUUACUACAUCCAUCUUUUCUGUGGCGGGGCCAAAAAAGGAAACUGGAAGUGCCACUGUGUUGACUUCUUAUUCCUUUCCCUAACAGUCUUCAAAAAACAAGCUCAUCUAAAAAAUACCUUUUUCCUUUCCAAAAGAGCACCAGAUUCAUCACCCCAUUAUGCAGUGUAAGUUAAUGUGUAAUUUAAUGGGGCAAAGGGGGGAAUUUACUCAAUUAUUCUAUCUGAACCUAUUACAAACUCUGUAUUUUUCAUGUUUACAGCAUUAAGUUUUAAAGAAAUUGUAAACAGGACACAUUUUGCAUGAAAAGAUUAUCAUUUAUGAACUAGUCACACCUAAAAUUAGUCUGAAAUAGAUGAGUUAGUGAAUUUGGAACCUAUCAAUUUAAGUGGGCUUUUCCCCUCAGUAGUGUAUCAUUUUGGUUGUUGUAAUUUCAAAGUCUUUCUGGAGCAGAGAGAUGAGGGGGAAGGGUUGUCAUUUCUCCCUCUAUGCAGAGAGAACACAAAACAAGAAUUAGAAGACUUUUAAGAAACAACUGUCAGAGCAAAUCUGAUGGCUACCACUGCCCAAUACGGAAUGUUGGGAAUAUCAAACAUGUAUUUUUCAAAUCUGUGUAAUAUAUAUUCAGCUUAUAAAAAGCAAAUUUAUGUUGUGAUUUUCCUGAGCAAAUUAUAUUUUAAUGAGCAAACUUUGUAUUAAUAGUUCAUGCAGAAGAAAACAUAAUCAAAGAUUUUCAGAUCUAAGAGAAUUAAUUAGAUAUAGGGGAAAAUGGCACAAUCAUCAAUUUUGAGUUUUUAAAGUGAGUUUGUAAAUAAUUAGCUAUCAUGUUCUAUUAUCAAGUUGUUUUAUAUUUUAGUUUUCUGGAAAACAAUUUUAUUUUACAAUGUAAAACCAUAAUAAAGUCACUUCUGUAUUUAAGAAAAGAGACAAACACUCUUUCAUAAUAUUCACCAAUGUACAUUUAUUUUUUUUAUUGAGGAAACCAUAAUCAAUACAAAAUUACAGCAAUCAUGUACCCCUUUACAUACAAUGGUAUUAAAACAAACUAAACCACAGUU